CGCGGGCUGUGUCGGCGGCGCGGAGGGGGAAGGAGAGAGGCCGGCAGGGGAGGAGGAGGAGGCCGCUGAGGAGGCAGGCGAGGCCCAGGCCGACGGGGGCCGCCGCCGCCGCCCUCUCAGUCGCCGCCACCGCCCGCCCGCGCCGCCGCAGCCAUGACGCUGGAGUCCAUGAUGGCCUGUUGCCUCAGCGACGAGGUGAAGGAGUCCAAGCGCAUCAACGCCGAGAUCGAGAAGCAGCUGCGGAGGGACAAGCGCGACGCCCGCCGGGAGCUCAAGCUCCUCUUGCUCGGCACAGGGGAGAGCGGGAAGAGCACGUUUAUUAAACAGAUGCGGAUAAUCCAUGGCUCAGGCUACUCGGAGGAGGACAAAAAGGGUUUCACCAAGCUGGUGUACCAGAACAUCUUCACUGCCAUGCAGUCAAUGAUCCGGGCCAUGGAGACCUUGAAGAUCCUGUACAAGUAUGAACAGAACAAGGCUAAUGCACUGCUGAUCCGAGAAGUGGAUGUAGAAAAGGUUUCAACCUUUGAGCAGCCCUACAUAAGUGCAAUUAAGACACUGUGGAAUGACCCAGGAAUCCAGGAGUGUUAUGACCGGCGGCGGGAAUACCAGCUCUCCGACUCGGCAAAAUACUAUCUCACAGACGUGGAUCGUAUCGCCAUGCAAGGCUACCUCCCCACCCAGCAGGAUGUAUUGCGGGUCAGAGUUCCAACCACUGGGAUCAUAGAGUACCCCUUUGACUUAGAGAACAUUAUCUUCAGAAUGGUGGAUGUCGGGGGCCAAAGGUCAGAACGGAGGAAAUGGAUCCACUGCUUUGAAAACGUGACCUCCAUCAUGUUCUUAGUCGCCCUGAGUGAAUACGACCAAGUUCUGGUGGAGUCCGAUAAUGAGAACCGGAUGGAGGAGAGCAAAGCCCUGUUCCGGACCAUCAUCACCUACCCCUGGUUCCAGAACUCGUCUGUCAUUCUUUUCCUCAAUAAGAAAGAUCUGUUUUGCUGCCAGAGCGACUCGCAGCUGACGGGAUCCCUCCUGCUAAGGAAGGGAGCAGCCGAGGAGCAGCCGGUUCUGAUGAGCCACCCGGAGACGAGAUCUUGCCCCCAGAGAGACGCUCAGGCGGCCCGGGAGUUCAUCCUCAAGAUGUUUGUGGAUCUCAACCCCGACAGCGACAAAAUUAUCUACUCUCACUUCACGUGUGCCACAGAUACGGAGAACAUCCGUUUUGUCUUUGCUGCCGUCAAGGACACCAUCUUGCAGCUCAACUUGAAGGAAUAUAACCUCGUCUGACCUUGAUCGGCCUGCCCUCUCCCCUGCACUCUCCCCCUCUCUCCCACCUCCUCGGGAGACCUUUUUUUGUCGUGAAGAAAGUAAGACGAGAGAACCCCAUGGAUUAACAAAAAAAAAUGUACAGGAAAAAAACAACCCCAAAAUCUUAAUUUUUAAUGAUGUAAUGAUUGCAAAUUGUCUGAUCUGUGGAGUGGCAAGUUCUUUUUGCUCACUGUUUCCUUGGGACUCUCACGUCUGCCCCACAGAAUAGCUGAUUUAUUAUUAUUAUUUUUUAAAAAACCAGAUUUGCUUUUAUUUCACAGUUUAAGACAUCGACUGGGGGACACAUUUUGCACUCUUCUCUGGCACCUUGUUUCAUUUCCUGCUUUCUUUGCCAAACAGUCAGGGUGGCUCCAUGUGGCGUUAGCCGACUCUCGCUGUUCUUUCUGUUCCAGUGGUAGAGAUCCCAGACUUUCCAGCCAAGGUCGUGUUUUCACUAGACUUAAUGGGAUCCUGGUCCUUUCCAUCCUGUGCCAUGGGGUUUCUUGGGUGUGAUCUGCUCACUAUGCCACCUUUCUCCCCUGGGGCUGCCUCUUCCCGAAGGCGUCACUCCAGGUUUUGCCGAUGCCGUCUUGGGAGGAAUGGGCGCUCUCCAACAAUCACGCAAAACAAAACAAGCCAUCUUCUCUCCUCCC